AUGACAUCCAAACCGAAGAGCGAAGAGUUGGUGUCCGUCGGCUUCAAAGACUACAAGAAGAUGAGCGCCGAAGACUUGGCGGCCGAAAGACAUCGCGCGUACCGAAUGUUGACCGAAGCGAACCGAUUGCUUGAUAUCGCGAAACAACGGAUGCAAUACUUGGAAGAUCGCCACCGCGUGUCGAGCGCUGAGCUGAUCCGAUACCGGGAUCUGUUGCCCAAAAUCAAGUCCAAUGUGUUUGAGAUGAAGAAUCUGAUGGAAAACAAGGACUCAGACGCUGGCGAUCGACAGCACACUCUCGUCAGACAAUCGGCGGCUCUCUUUGACGACUUCGAGGCCGAUGUCAAGCAAUAUGAGGAAUCCAAUGCAGAAGUGUUGCAACGAAUCGCCGCUUUUGAGGACAAGACGGGAGCGAAAUGAAUGGACACAAGAAUCGCAUCCAUUAUUACAUUACAAU